UUCAAUAAAACAGUAUUGUAAGUCAGGCUCUAUUGCAAAGGAUCAUUUCGAGGUACUACAGAGUAAUUUAUAUGGUGUAAUAAAUGUUCAAAUAUUUUUUUGGGCGAGAGCAAGAGAGUAUAAAUACUGAUCCCUUGAACUCUGAUACCAAUUCGUACUUGAAAUAUGCAGAUAAACCUCAGAAGGCAUGGAGAUUUGCACAAUCAUCCCAAGUAUUCAAAGAAGUAGAAUUGCCUAUAAAUGAACCUAAAAAGGAGGGCCAUGUUAGAGUUGUCUGUAUUUCUGAUACACAUGGCCGUAUUAUAGAAAAUGUUCCUGAAGGAGAUAUAUUAAUUCAUGCAGGGGACUUCACUAAACGGGGAAAAAUUGAGGAAGUGGAAAAGUUUAACCAGUUUUUAGGGUCACUCAAUCAUCCACAUAAAGUGGUGAUUGCUGGUAACCAUGAUAUUGGUUUUCAUGAAGAGUCAGCUCAAAGGAUGCAUGGUAAGAAUUUUGUACCUGAAGCAGAAGUGAAGGCAGCUUUGACAGAUUGUACAUACCUACAAGACUCUGAAGUUGACAUAUUAGGUUUGCGGAUUUAUGGUUCACCUUGGACACCAGCGUUUCGUGACUGGGCAUUUAAUGAAGAACGUGGUGAUGCUAUCGAUGAAAUCUGGAAGAAAAUUCCAAAAGAUAUUGAUAUUUUGGUCACGCAUGGUCCUCCUCUAGGCAGAUGUGAUGUGGUAGCCUUCGGCAGAAGCCAUGCUGGUUGUGCAAACUUAUUAGACAGAGUACAGAACCAUAUUAAACCUAGAUAUCAUAUCUUUGGACAUAUUCACGAAGGUUAUGGAAAUUCUUCAGAUGGUACAACAACGUUUAUCAAUGCCUCCACAUGCAAUCUAUUGUAUUUUGCAGUCCAUAAGCCUGUCGUCUUUGACAUUGAGGGUAAUAUAAAAACUGGGAAGAAUGACACUGAUAGCUGUGGCUAGUGACUCUGAAAUAUAUAGUACUUUGUAAGGCUUUAAUGCUUUUGUUGUGAUCAGUUCAAUGGUAGUGUUUAGAAUCUGAUCAUUCAUCUGCUGGUCAUAUGUACAUCAUGCAUUAUGAUUCUCAAAAGAACUGCAGUUAUUUAUUAUUGAGCGGGUGCCCUUUGAUGAGUUAUAGGAGUAAAAAUAUUCGAAUGUGGUAUCAUAGUAAAAUAUAUUUAUCAUUUAUUGACCUGGAGUGAGGGGGAGUCGGCAAAAUAUUUCCCUCAGUAAAGAUAUUUCCCUAGAGCUUCUGUAUGUCUUUCGUUGAGAAUACGGUUAAUUUUCUUGUCAUCGUUAAUUUCUUGAUUUCAAACAAACAGCAGCACUAUUCCCGCAAUAAUUUUUAGUGGGUGCGUGUUGUCCUCGCGAGACGUCGCGUAGGAUAAAUCUAAUAUCACUGGGUGAUAAAUUUAAUGUCACACCCCUAGUUAGCUCGGAAAUAGGGGACUGGGAAGCGAUACGGCGAAAAAUCUUCGCGUCACAUGGUACAUAUAAUGUUUUUUGAUUGGACAAUUUGAAUUUGAGGUAUAAUAUAUAAAGUAUAUUACACAGCAGCUACAGGAUAUGAAUUUCAUCUUCUAAUCAGAGCUGUAGAAGUGAAGCAGAGGGUGCUUGUAGUUUAUUGCGAAUAGUAAUUGAACUUUAGCGUUUCUAGCUGUUUUCAAAAUCUUUCAUAGUUUGUUGUAGAUUUAGUCGCGUCACUGAUCUCUGUUUGUGUGAGUGUCUAUUCUAGUUCUACUCGAAGUCGAUGGGCCGGCGGCAUAAAAAGAUGUUUCACUGUAUACAGUGAAAAUUCUAAUCAGAGCUGUGUAUUUUUCACGAAUCCACUACAAUUAAACUACCUAUACCCAACAUGUAUACUCGAGAAUUCCUACGCCGAAUGAAGGGAAUUUGAAAAUUUUAUAUAAUUGUACAAUAUCAAACCGGUUAACGUUCAGUUUUCAGUAUAUUUACUAAGAACCCAGAAAAAAAACAUUGGCUUCGACUUGCCCCUUGGUUAUCAUCUAGUUGUACUUUAGUUCACUGGAUCACGUAACAGCCUUCAUUACCUGACGUUUGGCUGCGUUAACACUCGGUGUCUCCGAGCUUCUUCGUCACGAUAUGUGAGUUUGAAUUGAUUGAUGAAUGGUAAUUACUGUAUUAAUUCAUGUCUAGGGCCGGUUGUUUCAAGGCCGUUUAACUUAAACGGUGGAUAAGUCAAAACUGUUGUUGAAUAAAACGAUAGACUGGCUUGCUACUUUAAAAUUAUCCACCGUUCAAGCUAAAUGGGCUCGAUAACAACCGUGAAAUGGCCCCCGGCCCUGAGGCAGGUUGUAUUAAAGCCUGGUAGCGCUAUCCACCGGAUAGUUUU